GACGAAACUAAAUACAAUUCGUUCGAUUUCAUUAAGCAACAGACGUGUUGUUGCAUUGCGUGAAAUUUAUUCUUAAUUGUUUUUUUUCGACGUUAGCUCAUAUAAUUAUUGAAAAAUGUGGUUUUAUUUAAGCUGUGCUAUUUUAUGUAUAGUUUCAGCGAAUGGAUACAAAUCAUCGACACCAUUUAUAAAGAAUUUAGUACGUGGCGGAGACCACUUCGAAGGCCCACAUUGGGCAGACAAUGAAAAUGCUUUAUACUGGACAGAUAUAAGCGCGCAAAAAAUCUACAGACUCGAUGCAGAAACCGGAAACGUGACAAUACGGGAAAUAGUAUACGGCCCCGUCUCAUUAGUAGUCACCGUUAAAGACUACCCGAAGUUGAUAUUAGUAUCAUCACGAGCGGAGCUAUAUCUACUAUCGUGGGAUUCAGAACAAGGAGACAGUGCCUUGAGGUUGUUAACAGCUGUGGAUUUGGGCAAACCUGACAACCGCAUUAAUGAUGGCAAAGUUGAUAGACGGGGAAGGCUAUGGUUUGGAACAAUGGGCAAGGAGGAUGAAAAUGGUGUAGAGAAAGAACAAGGUACACUUUAUAUGCUAACAAAGGAAAACUAUAUCAACCCCGCAGAGAAAGUAAUGCCUGUAUCAAUAUCUAAUGGCAUUGCAUGGACUUCAGACGAUCUGUUCAUGUUUUACAUUGAUUCUGUUUUGAGAAACAUUCAAGUUUUCGAUUAUGACAUGGAUACUGGUUCUAUACGUAACAGAAGAACUUUAUUUGAUUUUCAAAUAAAUAAUGUCACUGGAGUUCCCGAUGGUAUGACUAUAGAUACAGAUGGAAAUCUUUGGGUUGCUUGCUAUGAUGGUGGAAAGGUUAUUAAAAUAGAUUCAAGGGCUGGAAAGCUCUUAGAGCAGCACAAAAUGCCUGCUAGCAAAGUGACAUCAGUAAUAUGGGGUGGUCAUAACUUUGCAACAUUAUUUGUUACUACAAGUAAACGGGACCUCAAUUCUAUGCAACUAGCUCAAGAACCUGAAGCAGGAUCACUGUUUGCAAUUGAAAACACUGGAUCAAGAGGAUAUCCAAGUAAUCAGUUUAUUUUUCCAAAUGCUGAUUUAUAUUGAUAUAAAUAAAAAAAAAAAAGUAUGAUGUUUUUUUAAUGUUAUGUUUGUUUUAUAGUGCAUCAUUGUAAACUUAUUUGAUAUGUUGUGUAUAUAGCAAUAAUUACUUUAUAUAUUUAAAGAUUUUUUCACAAUAUAUACAUUGAAAGUA